AUGUUUAUAAGAAAGCUUGUCGCACAACUUUUACUCUCUUACAGAUUUAUCGGCGUUUGGACUUACGAAAAAUCUUCCCCAGUGUAUUUACACUUGUUUAAUUCAUCGAUAAGGAUAUUCAGUGCGUCAAUCGUGACAAUAUAUUUUGGCACAAUACUUGCGGAUUUGAUUGUUAAUUACAAAAAUUUGAAUGUUUUAUCCGACGAUGGAUGUUUUCUGUGUGGCGUAUACGUCAUAUUAUUCAAAGCUUUCAAGUACCAUCGAUUUCAGAAUAAAAUAAACAGACUUUAUGACGAAAUUCAUGAACCGAUCGAUCUGUUUCGGCAUUCUUACCCGGGAGUAUUGAUAACAAUAAAAAAAGCAAUGCUUCUGGAGAACCUCGACUUCUACAUGUUUUCCUCAUUCGCCAUGACCCUCGGACUGUCAACAACAUUUUUUGUGCCUCGUAAAAAAGGGGAAUUGCCAGUUCGCGCAUUGUUUCCGUUCGACACAAAAACGUCACCAAUGCACGAAGUUGCCUUUUUUAUUCAAAUAUAUUCGAUAGCCUUCGCACUGACAAACGUCGUCACGCUUGAAUUCAUAGGACUUGGGUUCAUUCGUUGGACUACGGUGCAACUAGUCAUCCUUACUUGGAACUACAAAAAUUGCCGAACUGACGUCUGGAAACGCGAUACCUUCGAUCCUCUGCCGGACACGAUCAAAAUGAUCAACAAUUUCGGGAUCACCAAAUUGAAUGACCAGCCUGUAAUAAGAAAAUUUGUACCGCUUGACACAAAUGCGGAUGGUUCACAGGAUUGCUACUUGUGGCGGUUUCAAAUUUGCAUAAAACAUCAUCAGAAGCUCACGUGGAUUGUCAAAGAAUUGAACAGCGUGUUUAGUUCAAGCAUGAUGACGCAACUUGCAACCAGUGCGACUAUGAUUUGCUUGGCUGGUUUUCAGGCAGUGUUGGGCUCGAAUGAUAAAUCAAGUUUUAUGAAAUUCACCGUAUACCUGGGGGCUACAUUCACCCAAUUAUUGUACUGGUGUUGGUUUAGUAAUCAACUUCUUUCUCAAGCGAUUUCACUGACGACCGGCAUAUGGAUGUCGGGUUGGGAGCACCAAUUUCCAUUGAAUGUCAGAAAUUUACUCACCAUUUCCAUGCUAAGAACAUUGAAGCCACUGCAGAUGAAAGCUGGUAACUUCUUUACUCUGUCGUUAGAGACGUUUGUAUCGAUUUUGAAGAGCUCAUACUCUUUUUUUGCACUAUUAUCAUCGACAACUCAGCAAAAUUUACCGCAGAUUGAAUAG